GCAAGUUGUCAAUUGACAGUGAUAUCCAUUCGCUGUUGCUCCAUGCCUAUGCGAUAAGGUUGGGAAACAAAGAGAGUCCCCGAGACUCCAAAUUGUUCUUAUCGUUAGCUAGACGAGCAGAUAUACGAGAUCAUUUAGCGACAUCAUGGCAUCCUCAUAUGCCCUGCCACAACCUCCUCUAUCACACACUCACGCUCAUACGCAUUCUCACUCUCACUCGCAUUCUCAUUCUCCCCCGUCUUUCAGCCACUCGAGAUCGACCCGCUCCUUGCAGGCCUACUCCCAAAGCCAGAAGGCCGAGGUCGGUCACGACCAUGAUCACGACCAUGAUCAUAGCGAUACUGAUACCCAGGCCCAAGUCCGACAGAACAUGACACAAUACCGAGCCAACUCAUUUAUACCUUUACAAAGACGAGAAAAAGGACCAUCUCCUUUAAGACAAAACACCGAGGACUUGCCUAGCCCGCAGAAACAAGAUAUGGCAGAUGUAUCGAAAACUUCGGGUUAUGACGCUCCCACCGGCGAUGUUUUACACGAGCACACGCAUGACCAUGACCACAGUCAUGAUCAUGAUCAUCACGAUGGCCAUGGUCAUGCGGCGACCUACUCAAAGUUCACAGGAUUGCUACUUCCAUAUACUUCGAGAUGGCCAUUAAUCCAUGCUAUUAUGACGGAAAAGGACUCGCGUCGCAUUUUUUAUUUCAUGGGAGUCAAUUUCUCGUUUAUGGCCGUCCAAGCCGUCUACGGUUACCUAACCGAUUCGCUCGGACUUUUAAGCGACAGCAUACACAUGUUCUUUGACUGUGUAGCUUUGGCGGUAGGCCUUUUUGCGUCUGUGAUGAGCAAAUGGCCACCCAGCGAAAGAUUCCCUUAUGGGUUUGGGAAGAUUGAGACGCUGAGCGGGUUUGCCAACGGCGUCUUUUUGAUACUCAUCAGCCUCGAGAUCAUGUUCGAAGGAUUCGAGCGACUAUUAGAGGGACGAGAAACUAAGAGGCUUAGAGAACUUUUCAUCGUCAGUACUUUAGGAUUAGUCGUCAAUCUGCUGGGCAUUUUCGCUUUUGGCUCCCAUGGUCACAGCCAUGGUCAUGACCAUUCGCAUAGUCAUGGGCAUUCCCAUGAUCUCAGCCACAGCCACAGUCACGAUAAAGACCACGAUCAUCACGAACAUAAGCACGAGCAUAAGCACAGUCAUGGCCACGGUCACAAUCAUGCCCACUCUCACGAUCAUGAUAACGAAAACAUGCACGGAAUCUAUCUACACAUUCUCGCGGACACUCUCGGAAGUGCCUCCGUAAUCGUCUCGACGGUUUUGACCUACUUUAUCCCAUGGUCUGGCUGGGACCCUCUGGCUUCCUUCUUGAUUGCUUAUUUGAUUCUCAUUACGGCGACACCCCUAGUGAAGUCGUCGGCCCAACGUUUGUUGCUAACGAUCCCGGCGGAUACGGAAUAUAAUCUCCGUAACACAUUGUCCGAGAUCACAAACCAGCGAGGCGUCGCUUCGUAUUCGGUACCGAAGUUCUGGGUGGACGAUGGCGUCGGCAGCGAGUCUGGGGUUAGACUCCUAGGGGUGAUGCACGUGGCGGCCGUACGAGGAGCGGACUUGGAGGAGGUUCGAGAUAGGGUUCAGAACUACCUUAACAAGCGCGGGAUUGAUCUCACGAUACAGAUGGAGAGAGAAGGCGACACAACAUGUUGGUGUGGGAUGGGUAGGCUCGGCGGUGUCGCUCCCAGGGGAUUAAGUGCUUAUUGAAAUGGUUACAAUGGUCGGCGCAAUGAACUUGCUUUGCUAACAAUGGUGGGGUUGGGAUCGGUGGGAGAGUACUGUGCAUUAGCUACAUCCUGAUGCCGGAGAUCGUUCACCUUCAUGAUGCUCGACGAUCAACAAUGCUUUACUUGGACAACGUAUAUGUUGAUUGGAGAGGAUAAGUCGAUAAGGAUGUCGAUAGUGAAGGCGGCGUAGAGGGAGGCAGGAUGGUAGGAUGGCGAGAAAACGAAUAUACCCAUGAUAUAUCUAGGUGCCUAACGUAUCUUAACGUUCUGUAUAUACUUCUUCCGGAUAGAAGGCGUAUGCAUCCUCGAAUUAAACGAACCAAUGUUUAUUCGCAUAAAGUUUGGUGACUCCCCACGCGAAUUUUUGGCA